AGUUGGUUGCGAGUAGUAAAGCAAAGUGAAGUUGACGCCUAAAGUAAAAACACAUUUUCGUUCGUUUGUGUUUUGAGGAUUUCUAGCACGUAAUAUUGUGCCGUCGCGGUCGUUUUCACAGCGCUAUUCUUCGGUUUUCAGUGUAUUUUUCCAAAAGUGCUUCGUAACAAAAUCGAGGAUAUCAAAAUAAUUAAUGUUCGUAAAGGUGAAGUGCAAAUUAUUCGAGGUCGGUGGAGCAAUGAAGAUCAGUGAAUUUAUCGCUUUUUAGCGAUGUGUGUUUAUAAUAAAUCGAAUUGAUGGUGAUUUGAUAAAAUUCAUGGUGUUUCCGAAAUUGUUAGUGUCGUUUGUAAAGUAUAGUUCGAAUCAUAGGGUCCACAAACGAGCAGACGGAUUCUAUCAUGGUCGUAAAACGUGCUGCGGACAGUGCGGACUCACCAAUACUGGAGGAAGCCGGCGAGAGCGGCUCGGAACAGAAGCCCAAGCCCCUCGUCAAAUAUGGAGAGCUCGUUAUACUCGGAUACAACGGCUACCUCCCGGCGGGCGAGCGCGGGCGCCGGCGCAGCAAGUUCGUACUGUACCGGCGUCCGCAGGCCAAUGGCGUGCGGCGCUCCAAGCACUACGUGGUGAAGACGCCGCACAGCAGCAAGGCGAUACUGGAUGCGAGCCAGCACUCCAUCUCGUACACACUCAGCCGCAGCCAGGCCGUCAUUGUCGAGUACACGGAGGACCCCGACACAGAUAUGUUCCAAAUCGGUAGGUCGUCAGAGUCGCCGAUCGACUUCGUGGUGAUGGACACUGUCGCGGGCGACAAGAGCGGCGACACGAAGGUGCUGCAGAGCACCAUCUCGCGGUUCGCGUGCCGCAUCAUCGCCGACCGCAACGACGUCAACAACUGCCGCAUCUACGCCGCUGGCUUCGACUCCUCCAGGAAUAUAUUUCUUGGCGAGAAAGCUACAAAAUGGACGGAGAGUCAUGAGAUCGACGGCCUGACGACGAACGGCGUCCUGAUCAUGCACCCGCGCGGUGACUUCUGCGGCGGCAGCGCCAAGUGCGGGCCGUGGCGCGAGACGUCUGUCGGGGGCGCAGUCUUCUCACUGCGGGAGAGCCGCUCCGCACAGCAGAAGGGUCUGCCGUGUCAAGCAGAAACAAACGUGUUACGAGACGGCACAAUGAUCGACUUAUGUGGCGCCACGUUGUUGUGGAGAAGUGCUGAAGGACUUAAAAAUUCACCGACAAAACGCGACCUAGAAGCGUUGGUAGACGAGCUGAACGCCGGCCGGCCGCAGUGCCCCGUGGGCCUUAACACGCUGGUGAUCCCGCGCAAGCUGUCCUCAGCGCACCAGGACUUAAACCAGCCUUACGUGUACCUCAACUGUGGUCACGUGCAAGGCGAGCACUCGUGGGGCGCGGAGGGCAGCGAGACGGGCGUGCGGCGCUGCCCCAUGUGCCUGACGGCGGGCCCCGUGGUGCGCGUGUGUAUGGGCAUCGAGCCCGCCUUCUAUGUGGACUCGGGCCCGCCCACGUACGCCUUCAACCCCUGCGGACACAUGGCCUCCGAGCGGACCGUCAAGUACUGGGCGUCGGUGGACAUCCCUCACGGCACCAACGGCUUCCACGCCAUCUGCCCGUUCUGCGCUGCGCCGCUGCAGGGCACGCCCGGAUACGUGCGGCUCAUCUUCCAAGACAACCUCGACUGAACCAACGCAGAUUUACAGUUAUCCCUGUUGCGGAUAAAUGUAUUCUAAACGACGUCGACAAAGUGAUACAAAAUACAUUAGAAGCGGACGAUGGACGCGUAGGCCAUAAGUUUGUAUGACAACAACUAGCUUUUGCUACGUUAUAUACUUAAGAGUAUAUCUUCAAUGUAUCAGACUCGCUCGUUCCCCGGAACGCGUGGCGAGCCGCACCGGCAUGCCUCGUUCACACUUGCCAAGUAAAACGGCGAGACUGCACUCGGCCGAGUUACCACUUGACACACGGAAUAAAGCAUUACACACAGAAGUGAUAAAGCCGAUUUUUCUUAAGCAUCGACUACUCGGCCGAACGAUGUCUUGCCGGUUUCCUCGCCGCGUGUGAACUAGGCAGUAGAGUGGAAUCUCACUACGUACGGCUUUUCCUCAAACCAUAUAGUGACGCCAUGUGAUUAGACAAAUAGAUGUUCAUUUGAUUCUAUACUACACGCAUUACUAUUAUUUUCAUCAAUCUAUUUGCAGAUUACAAUGAAAUGCAUUACAGAUUCCUGUAUUGCGAUUAGACAGAUUUAUUAUUCUACGUUUAUGUCGAGAUGUGUGUUAACACGACGAUAUGUUUGUGUAUGUAUGUUAAGAUUAAUAUAAAACGUUUGACUAACGAGAAUAUUUAUUUGUUAAAGUCAACAUGUAAGAUAAGUUACAAUGAAGGAAGCCACUUUAAAGAUUAAAUUACAAAAAAAUAUUUAAUGCUUUGUAAAUUGCUGUGUUGGUUUUAUUGAUAUUUGUGAUUAUGGAUGACAGUGUGAAUGAUUUGACAAAUAUCCUGGAAAAGCCUUUCACAUGAAAUAACUUUUAGUUUGCAGCCUAUUGUACCGGUUCAGAGGUCCGUGAUGAUUGAAAUGAAUGUAAAUAUAAAAAAAAAAUGUUCAGUUCUACUUUAUCGUUAAGUAAUUUAUGUUCGGUUUUGUUUAGCGUGUGGAAUGCGUUAGUUGUAAGCCAGCCUUUUAGUGUAGUUAAGGCCAGCUAGGUAUGUUCCGGAUUGUUGGCUCCAUACAAUAGACAGCGCACGGGGCGCGAGCGCGCCGCCUCGCUCACAAUGGUCUCUUUUACAGACUUGUAAUAGUCUUUAUAUAACGGUUAUCACUCCGGGUGAUAUUAUAUGCCAUGUAUAUUAUAAACAUAAUAUAAGCAUUGUAUAAAACCUCUCAAUUUCGAUUCAACUGUCACUUUUUAGUUUAAAAAGUAUCGUUCAGUUGCAUCAGACAUGGAUUGUUUGAUUAAAUUAUGGUAUAAGAAAACCAGGUACGCUCAAUCCUAUGACA